AUGACCAGUCGAUCCUGGCCUGGCUGCAAGAUGUUGAAGCAGCACGAGACACCCCCGCCGGUGUCAACAUCUCUGUCUCGCCGCCAGAGAUCCCAGAGGUCCCAACCAGUGAUCUCUCGAACGUCCCGGGUUCAGCAGGCCCCGGAGAAGAUUCUCCGCACCCGAAACUGGGUGCAGCGUGUAAAGACUCUCGGGGAGUCUUUGAAGGGGACUUUCAAGAAUCUCCUACGCAAGGUGACGACGAGCUGA